AUGACCCCAGCAGAACUACAAUUUCCCGCUGACCAUCAUCUCAUGGGUUAUGACGAUUCUUCUUCUGCAGUCAAAGAAGAAAAAAGGGGUAUAUCAAAACCCACCUGUCGAAUCGUCUUCCUAGGCGCGGCCAAGGUUGGCAAGACCAGCAUCAUUCGCCAGUUUCUGAAAGGAAGCUUUGAAUCUAAGUAUACCCCCACAGUGGACGAUGUCUAUUUCUCCAAAUUCAUAGUCCACGGAUGUUUAGUCAAUGUUGAAUUCAUGGAUACCUCAGGGAGCUACGAUUUCCCGGCAAUGGUCCGUCUCUGUGUAGCCAAAGCGGACGCUUUUGUCAUUGUUUUCGCUCAUGAUAACAUGGAGUCCUUAAUCAUCGCAGGCCGAUACCUCGAUCAGAUUAAAUUGGAGCGUGAAAACUAUACCCCUUUCGUUUCGAAUUCCCAGGCAUGCGGAUCCUCCGAUCCAAUUACAUCCUCACCUCCACUUGUCGUUGUUUGUAACAAGUCUGAUCUACCAUCGUCCAUGUCAAAAGUCAGCGAGGGAGCAGUAAUGGAAUGGUUGCUAAAACGUGGACUUAAACCAUCACAGUUCGUAUACACGAGUGCUAGAACGAAUGAAUGCAUCACCGACAUCUUCAAGUCUUUGUGGUCCCAAAAUGAGGCAACUCAUUCUAUUACGUUUUCCUCCUGCGAGGAGGAAAGGAGAGGCAGUGUUGCAGUCACAGUUCAAGAGGGAGGAUCUAUAAGGCCAUCUGACUCAUCCCCAACGGAGAAGACAAUGACUAGCCCAGCCUACGAGAUGUUGAAUAAGGGGACGUCAUUUUUUCGGAGUAGUUUCAAGAUGAAACGUCGCAACAGUUCUCGACAAAGGAAAACAAAGUCGGAUUUCAUUCGCCUCGACUGCACCAUAAGUUAG